CCUUAAAGACUGGCAAAAUGGAGAAGCUGAGGGCUACGGUGGCCCAGAUCGCCGCCACAGCGGAUAAGCGGCUGCCGGAGCUUCCGGUCCUCCACAGAUCUCUCCUUCCAUUCCUCUCCUUAGCGUCAUGCUUCUACCGCCUCUGCCUCUACCUUCGCCGUCGUCUUUAUCUCUCCGCCAUUCUUCGUUGUCGGAGGUUUCCGGUUCCGGUGAUCAGUGUGGGGAAUCUGACAUGGGGAGGAAACGGGAAGACGCCCAUGGUAGAGUUCAUCGCAAGGUACCUGGAUGAAUUGGGGAUACCUCCGCUAAUACUUUCAAGGGGCAAAUUAUUGGGUCAGGUGACCGAAGCCAUCUCUCCGUUUGGUCGCCAAUAGAAAUGCGAGAUCUAUUAGGCGUUUUUUAAUUUAAUAUUUACGCUUUAUAUCUUUUCAGAGUUAGCGACCCGACCCGAUAACGCUUUUCAUU